CAAACUCCGCAAAGCACUACGGGAACACGUGCUGACGGUCAAGAUGGCGGCGCCCUUCACUAGAGUUUAUAGACCAUUAUGGAGAAUAAUAACUACAACUACAUUAAACAAAGGCGUGCGAAAUGUUUCGUCCACUAGGCAACAGUGGUCUGCGCAAAAUGUCAAAACUGCGGGUGUCGCGUCUCCGUGGGCGCUGCAUGGAGCCGUUUGUCUGCAGCGGCUGCCUGUGGUCUCUCAAGAUAGGAGCCCUAUUGAGGAGGAGUUCAUGAAGCUAAUGCACCAGAUGGAGUUAGAGAGAAGUCUGCUUUCGGACCAUGACCUGAGGCUCCUUGAGGACGCUGCACGGAUGACCCGAAAACAAGAAGAGGAUUCAGAUGAAGAGGAGGAGGAUUAUAGAGACAAAGAAAUUUUCACAGCCCAAGAUCUGGAAGAUAUUUGGGAACAAAAACUGAAGCAAUAUCAACCAGCUCCGAGGUCACAAGGUGUUGACGAGAAAGGCGUGAGUUCUUCAGAGCGUUGUUUAGCAGAAAGCCUGAUCUUGCUGGUGAAGAAGGAUGUUGGCAGUCAAAAGCUUUGGCUCCUGCCUCAGAUACAGUGGCAGACGGGAGAGACACUUCGACAGACGGCCGAACGUGCUCUUGCAAGUCUUCCAGGUGCUGAUCUAAAGGCCACUUUCCUUGGCAAUGCACCCUGUGGAUUUUACAAAUAUAAAUACCCAAAGGACAUUCAGAAAGAGGGCAGUGUUGGAGCCAAGGUGUUCUUUUUCAAAGCGGUGCUAUCCAGCCAUAAGCACUUACCUCUGGAGAAGAAUUCAUUUGCCUGGGUAAAAAAGGAUGAACUCCAGGACUUCCUGAAGCCAGAGUACCUAAAACAAGUCAGACGCUUCAUUAUGGCUCUGUAAUAUGGGAAGACAUGAAUAUGUUGGAAAACAGACCGCGAGUUUAUGCUUUUCAUAUUUUUGGACUAUGAUUCCAUGAGUUUGGACCCUAUUCCAUCAUAUGAUGGCAAUAUAAAUGAUGUUCAGGUUGUCGUAUAGAUACACUCUAUUGUCAUCUGUCAUGUAUUUGUAUAUUUAUCCUGCUUGUAACUGGAAACCUAUAUGACGAUUAAUGCAAUAUUAAAAAGGUCGGGUUUUGACUUCAUAGCAUGUGAUCAACAAGUGGAGAAAAGUCUUUGUCUUGCAAAAUAAUGCUCAGGAGGCAGAGUUCCAGAAGUCAAAAUUCGACUUUAUUGCAAGAAGACAACAAAGCAGAGAUAACUGCAGAACAUCUGAAUCUUUCUUUGUCCAGGAUACCGUCUUUAUACAAUUUUGUUAUCGGACGGUCGCUGUCCAAUGAGUGUGCACCCAGCUCGCAUGAGGCGGACUUAACUUUCACAAACAUGCAAAGUAUCUUCUUCAAUUGUGUUCUAUAAGAAAAAUUAAAUAUUUCAUCAAUCUCAUCUUUUUUUUUUUUUUAAGUAUUUUGUAAAAUGUAGCAUGAAAUAAUUUUCCCAGCAGGGUGGUAGUUAUAUUGUUUGUUAUUCCUCUACUUCACUGUCACUUCUUUAUCAGUGUAUGUAUGUUGUCCUUUAAAAACCACCACUUGAGGGCAGUAGAUGGACAAAGAAUGGAGGACAGACCAUCCAAGGGGAACUUUAACCCCCUUCAUUGAAACACAAAGGAUAUCCAAUUAUGCUUUUGGCAAGUAUAUUUUUGUCUUGUCAAAUUUAAAUGCCUUGUACUUGGGGUUUCUCUUAUGCACUUUUAUGUCUCUCUCUCUUGCUCAGUUGUCAAAUAGUCAUUGACUUUUGUGCUGUGCUGGUGGAAAUUAGGAUUAGUAAUACUAUGAAUUAUUUAGGCACCUUGAUUAUGUAGAUUGUAGACAGUCAUUUCUGCCAGCGUUUUGGGAUUUGGAGGAGAAAUUAGUUUCAAAAUUCUUCAUAAAUAGUACAGCUGUGGGCUUUGCAGUGGGAUACUUUUUUUUAAAGAACACAAACUUAAGAAAGGCCAGUUUUUGUAAGGCUAAGUGAUAUAGGACUUCUUUGAAAAACCUCAAUGGUCCUAAAAAUAGGCUUUACUUUCUUUAUCCAAAAAUUAUUUCUUGUUUUGUUUGGGGGGUAAAAUAUGACAAUAAAUAUU